GCUCUUUCCCGCAGCUGCUCUUGAAGCUCAGAGAGGCUGAGGCCACUGCUCGCAUCCUCCCAGGCUCCACUACACUCCGAGGCGCCUCUUCCGAAUUCCACUUCUUGGGAAGCCGGAGGUGGAGAUGGACCUUGAAGAGGGCCUUAACGGAAGAGCAGACAAGAACUCGAAGAUGGGCAAAAAGAGAAAAAAGGAGAAGAAAGAAAAGAAACCUGCUGUUGGCAUAUUUGGGAUGUUCCGCUAUGCGGAUUGGCUGGACAAGCUGUGCAUGGUCCUGGGGACUCUGGCUGCUGUCAUCCACGGAACGUCACUUCCCCUCUUGAUGCUGGUGUUUGGACACAUGACAGACAGUUUUAUAAACACAGAAACCAGUAUUCCACCCAACAUUACAAAUCAAAGUGAAGUCAGCAGUAUACAGAUCAUCAGCAACAGCAGUCUGGAAGAAGACAUGGCCACGUACGCCUACUAUUACACGGGGAUCGGUGCUGGUGUGCUCAUAGUUGCCUACAUUCAGGUUUCGUUCUGGUGCAUGGCAGCCGGAAGACAAAUACACAAAAUCAGGCAGAAGUUUUUCCACGCUAUAAUGAACCAGGAGAUAGGCUGGUUUGACGUGCACGACGUCGGGGAGCUCAACACCCGGCUCACAGAUGAUGUGUCCAAAAUUAAUGAUGGAAUUGGCGACAAAAUUGGAAUGUUUUUUCAGUCCAUAACUACAUUUUUAGCGGGUUUUAUGGUAGGAUUCAUAAGUGGUUGGAAGCUAACCCUUGUAAUUUUGGCUGUCAGCCCUCUUAUUGGAUUGUCAUCUGCUUUGUGGUCAAAGGUCUUGACUUCAUUUACUAACAAGGAACUCCAGGCAUAUGCCAAAGCUGGAGCAGUUGCAGAAGAAGUCUUAGCAGCCGUCAGAACCGUGAUCGCGUUUGGAGGACAAGAGAAAGAACUUGAAAGGUACAACAAAAAUUUAGAAGACGCUAAAAAUGUUGGGAUAAAGAAAGCUAUCACAGCCAACAUUUCCAUAGGUCUUGCCUACCUGUUGGUGUAUGCAUCAUAUUCACUGGCGUUCUGGUAUGGUACCUCCUUGGUCCUCUCAAACGAAUAUUCUAUUGGACAGGUGCUUACUAUCUUCUUCUCUGUAUUAUUGGGGAAUUUUAGUAUUGGACAUUUAGCUCCGAGCAUAGAGGCCUUUGCAAAUGCAAGAGGGGCAGCCUAUGAAAUCUUCAAGAUAAUUGAUAAUGAGCCACGCAUCGACAGCUUCUCAACAAAGGGACACAAACCAGACAGUAUAAUGGGAAAUUUAGAAUUUAAAAAUGUUCACUUCAGCUACCCGUCUCGAAGUAAAGUUAAGAUCUUGAAGGGCCUCAACCUGAAGGUGCAGAGCGGACAGACGGUGGCCCUGGUUGGCAACAGCGGCUGUGGGAAAAGCACCACUGUCCAGCUGCUGCAGAGGCUCUACGACCCCACAGAGGGCACGGUCAGUAUCGACGGGCAGGACAUCAGGAGCAUCAACGUGAGGUAUCUGCGGGAAAUCAUUGGCGUGGUGAGCCAGGAACCUGUGCUGUUUGCCACCACGAUCGCUGAAAACAUCCGCUACGGCCGGGAGGACGUGACCUUGGACGAGAUUGAGAAAGCCGUCAAGGAGGCCAACGCCUACGACUUUAUCAUGAAGCUGCCCCACAAAUUUGACACCCUGGUUGGCGAGAGAGGGACGCAGCUCAGUGGGGGACAGAAACAGAGAAUCGCCAUUGCGCGUGCGCUGGUCCGCAAUCCCAAGAUCCUUUUGUUGGAUGAGGCCACGUCAGCCUUGGACACAGAAAGUGAAGCCGUGGUUCAGGCCGCUCUGGAUAAGGCUAGAGAAGGCCGGACCACCAUUGUGAUAGCUCAUCGCUUGUCUACAGUUCGUAAUGCUGACAUCAUUGCUGGGUUUGAUGAUGGUGUCAUUGUGGAGCAAGGAAAUCAUGAUGAGCUCAUGAGAGAGAAGGGCAUUUACUUCAAACUUGUCCUGGCACAGACUAAAGGAAAUGAAAUUGAACCAGGAAGUGAUUCUCAAAGUGACACUAAUAACACUCAAUUGACUUCAGAAGAAUCAAAAUGUACUUUAACAAGGAGAUCAACUUGCUGGAGUAUCCAAGGACAGCAAGACCAAGAGAGAAAAGAGGGCCUGGAGGAAGACGUGCCCCUAGUUUCCUUUCGGCAGAUCCUAAAGCUAAAUAUAACUGAAUGGCCUUAUUUAGUUGUUGGUGCACUUUGUGCUGUUGUAAAUGGAUGCCUGCAACCAGUGUUUUCUAUAGUAUUUUCAAGGAUCGUAGGGGUUUUUGCAGGGGAUGAUGACCCUGAAACCAAACAGAAGAAUUGUAACUUGUUUUCACUGCUUUUUCUGGUCAUGGGGAUGGUUUCUUUUGUUACAUACUUCUUUCAGGGCUUCUCCUUCGGCAAAGCUGGAGAGAUCCUCACCAAGCGACUCCGCUACAUGGUUUUCAAGUCCAUGCUGAAACAGGACGUAAGCUGGUUUGAUGAUCAUAAAAACAGCACUGGCGCACUGACCACCAGGCUCGCCAGUGAUGCCUCGAAUGUUAAAGGGGCUAUGGGUUCCAGGCUUGCUGUAAUUACCCAGAAUGUAGCAAAUCUUGGGACAGGAAUUAUCAUAUCCUUAAUCUAUGGCUGGCAGCUGACGCUUUUACUGGUAGUGAUCAUACCGCUCAUUAUAUUGGGUGGAAUUAUUGAGUUGAAACUGUUGUCUGGUCAAGCUCUGAAAGACAAGAAAGAAUUAGAGGUUUCUGGGAAGAUUGCUACUGAAGCAAUAGAAAACUUCCGCACUGUCGUCUCUCUGACCCGGGAGCAGAAGUUUGAAAAUAUGUAUGCACAGAGCCUGCAGAUACCAUACAGAAAUGCUUUGAAGAAAGCGCACGUCUUCGGGAUCGCCUUCUCAUUCACGCAGGCCAUGAUGUACUUCUCCUACGCUGCUUGUUUCCGGUUUGGCGCCUACCUGGUGGCGCGUGAACUCAUGACUUUUGAGAAUGUUAUGUUGGUGUUUUCAGCUGUUGUCUUUGGUGCCAUGGCAGCUGGGAAUGCGAGUUCAUUCGCUCCUGACUAUGCAAAAGCCAAAGUAGCAGCAUCACAUAUCAUCAGGAUCAUUGAGAAAGUCCCUUCCAUUGACAGCUACAGCACGGAAGGCCUAAAGCCUAAUCAGUUAGAAGGAAAUGUGAGAUUUAAUGGAGUCGUGUUCAACUAUCCGACCCGACCCAACAUCCCAGUGCUUCAGGGGCUGAGCCUGGAGGUGAAGAAGGGCCAGACGCUCGCCCUGGUGGGCAGCAGUGGCUGCGGGAAGAGCACAGUGGUCCAGCUGCUGGAGCGGUUCUACGACCCCCUGGCCGGGACAGUGUUUCUAGACGGCAAAGAAAUAAACCAACUCAAUGUCCAGUGGCUCCGAGCUCAACUGGGCAUUGUGUCCCAAGAGCCCAUCCUGUUUGACUGCAGCAUCGCCGAGAACAUCGCCUAUGGAGACAACAGCCGGGUCGUGUCCCAGGAUGAGAUUGUGAGGGCGGCCAAAGAGGCCAACAUCCACCAGUUCAUUGAUUCACUGCCUGACAAAUACAACACUAGAGUAGGAGACAAAGGGACUCAGCUGUCGGGUGGGCAGAAGCAGCGAAUCGCCAUCGCACGUGCCCUUGUCAGGCAGCCUCAUAUUUUGCUUCUGGAUGAAGCAACAUCAGCUCUGGAUACAGAAAGCGAAAAGGUUGUCCAGGAAGCCCUGGACAAAGCCAGGGAAGGCCGCACCUGCAUUGUGAUUGCGCACCGCCUGUCCACCAUCCAGAACGCAGACCUGAUCUUGGUGAUUGAGAACGGCAAGGUCAAGGAGCAUGGCACCCACCAGCAGCUGCUGGCACAGAAAGGCAUCUAUUUCACAAUGGUCCAGGCUAGAGCAAAACAUUUGUGACUGUUUGAGGUGCUAAAUAUUUUUAAUAUUGGUGUUUAAAUAUGGCUCUAAACCAAAGUUAAAUGGUGAGCACUGUUAAAGGCAAUUUCAUCAAGAUAAGACAGCCUUCAGAGACCUCAUAAUUAAAUGAACUAAAAUGGGAAAAAUCAUCAUUAAAUAGGGGCAGUGUUUUUAAUUGCAUUAUGUGAUUCAUAAGAGAAAAAAUUUAAUAGAAUGUGUAAUUUUGUCUUAAUUUUUAAUUUCAACCCUACUUUGUUAAAUAAUUGUAAAGGCUGUAAAAAGCACUGAACUAUUCCAUAAGUGCCUAUAAAAACUAAAUUUUUUAUAUAAUUGGAGUCAUCUUGUCUGUCGUAUCUGUGACUUUAUAUGUUCUUUCAAAUAGGAUGUUGUAAAUAAUUUCAGCCUUUAGAAAAGUGGAUUUUAAGAACCUCUCUUUUCAGUGGGAUGGUUAAGUAACUUCAGGGAUUUCCAUUUGGGAUAUCUUUUCACAUGGAGCCUCACAAUGCUGUUACUGGCGCCUCUCAAACCCAGCACACAGAAGUCAGCAGUUGUGGGAAGUGGAGUAAGGUAUAGUUGUGAGGUAUGCAUUGUUCAAACGAGCUCUUAAAUGAGUCCAAUACUUUUAUAAUUUUAUAAGUUUAGUUACUCUUUGAAAACACUCUUUCCAGUAAUUUGGUUUCUUCCAAAGCUGACCUUCCUGACCAGAGAUGUUUAAAAUGUGCCAUGAUUUUCAAUCCAUCAUGAUACAAACAUGCAAGAGAGCAUCACAGAAAGCUUAACCCUAAAACCAAAAAUACAAGUGAGAAUCACAAGCUCUGGGUCCAUAUUUACUAUAGGAAAUUAUUAUCUUCAAUAUAUAAAGCGCUCAUAAAAAGAAAGGAAUCUAUGAGCGAAUGAUAUGAUUAAGUCAUUCCCAACAAGAAAUGCUUGGCAAAAAAUGUGUACAAUUCCAGUAAUUUUAAGAAGUUUGAGUUAAACCUGAUCUACAGAGCAAGUCCCAGGAUAGCCAGAGCUUGCUACACAGAGAAACCCUGUCUGACAAAACAAGCAAGCAAACAAACAAACAAAAAAGCAGACUUGCUUAGUAACU